GUGAUUUUUAAUUUUGAAGACAUUGGAAUAGAUAUUUUUAUGUUGGAGGGAUACGAUAGUAAUUUCAGAUGUGGCAGAGAUGAGUUUGAGAUAAUAUAUCAAUCCUCUGGGAGUGGCAGUAGUGGGUCUAGUUAGAGUGAAUCCAUGACCGUGACCAUGGCGGCUGCGUUUACAAGUACAAGUGCAACACUGAGACUGUCAAAUGUUGGAGAGAGCAGAGGUUUGCAGCUGCGUAAGUGUAACCCUAAUCCUAAUAAGCUGAAGGUUAUGGGGGGGUUUGGAGGUUGUUCUGGAGUGGCAGUGGGUGUGAGAGAAAGAAAAGGAAUUGGAAGGGUUAGGGUUCGGGUUCGGGCGAGUUCUUCGUCGGACGAGGCAGUGAGUGCGCAGUCAAAAGUGACUCAGAAAGUAUUCUUUGACGUCAGUAUUGGAAAUCCAGUUGGGAAGCUUGUGGGACGUAUUGUGAUUGGACUGUACGGCGACGAUGUCCCCCAAACGGCCGAGAACUUCCGUGCCCUUUGUACUGGAGAGAAGGGCUUUGGCUAUAAGGGCUCCACCUUCCAUCGUGUCAUCAAGGAUUUCAUGAUUCAAGGAGGAGACUUUGACAAAGGAAAUGGAACUGGAGGCAAAAGUAUAUAUGGUCGUACUUUCAAAGAUGAGAAUUUUAAUUUGUCUCACACUGGACCGGGUGUUGUUAGCAUGGCAAAUGCAGGACCCAACACAAAUGGGAGUCAGUUUUUCAUAUGCACUGUCAAGACACCUUGGCUGGAUCAGAGACAUGUAGUAUUUGGGCAAGUUUUGGAAGGCAUGGAUAUUGUUAGGUUGAUCGAAUCACAGGAGACAGAUAGGGGUGACCGUCCUACAAAGAAGGUGACCAUCAGUGACUGUGGUGAGCUUCCAAAUGCUUGAGGUGGUUCUUGUGUAAUUUUGUUGGUUAUUCCUUCUAUUAACUUGUUGAGUUGAGAAGGGAAAGAGGGGCGGGGAAGAAGAAACUUUGGCUUUCUUAAAUUUUUGUCUGACUAUUCUUAAAAUAUGUUCUGUAACACCUUAUUUUCACACUGAACCUACAAACUUUUAGCAGCCACAUGUAUUCUGGUAGAACUAUAGUUUGAGUUGUCGUCGGGUUGGACAAUUUAAUACCCCAUUUGAAUGGUAUCUUCUUAAGCCAAAGUGCAGUUUCCAUGGGGAAUUGGAUGGCUAGAGAAUUAUUGGAGUCUUCUACAAGAUGCAUCAUCAAAUGUGGAAUUCAUUUAAUUGAAUUUGGAAAGAAUGCACUUCUUUAAAUGCUUCUCGUGAUGCUUUAGCAGGCGAUCAAUAGAACGUGUAAUAAUUUAGAUUAGAAAUGUUAAAAAUAAUUUUUUUA